GGCCGAACCACUAAUUAUUGGUAGUAGAACGUGCACGCCACCGUGGUGGGAGACGCUGUCGGAUGGAAGGCUCCGCGGCCCCUUUGGCUUCGGCUCCGAUACUUUCGGCGCCGCCUCAUCAACGAGACGAAUUAAUCAGCUGCUCUUCAUUCACUCGUCGAUCGGCAUCUCCGCAUGACAUGAUAAAGCAUCGGCGCACUCACAUUGCCGGACGAGUAAGUUUCUUUGCUCGUGAUCAUGCUUCGCUCGUUCUUGGGGGCUGCUGCCCUCGCAGUAACUGCCCACGCAGCGACAAUCCAAUCCACCCCCGCCCAGCAAUGCCAGAGUUUUGCCAACGGCCUCGAUCUCUCGGAAUACAACACGACCAUUAUCAACUCGACGUAUUUUGCGACUGACGAGUACUUGUUCGUGGUAGGUACGACCAACAACGCCCCGUUCUGCCAGAUCUUCGCACAGACGGUCUAUGGAUCCCCCGGAACCACGGUGUGGGCAAUCUGGCUCCCGGAAACCUCGGAUUACCAGGGCCGGUUUCUCGCGGUAGGUGAUGGUGGAUUUGCUGGCGUGAUUGAGUACGACAGCAUGCUCGCCGAUUUCAAUCUCGGCCUGGGCUUCGCCGUCGCUGGCGGAGACGGUGGGCACUCUGCAUUGACGAACGAUGCUGGAGAGGGCGCGCCAGGCGUCUACCUUCCAUUCCUCCAUCAUCAGGAGGAGGUGCUUGGGUGGAUUCACAACGGCAUCUCCAUCUUCACUCCACCGGCCAAGGCAAUCACAGAGGCUCGUUACAAUUCCAUCAAGCAUGCCUACUACGACGGCUGCUCGACGGGCGGAGCUCAAGGCUUUGCUUUGGCCCAGUUCCAUCCAACACUGUUCCAAGGCAUUGUCGCGUCCAGUCCGGGGAAUUAUUACAGCCAUCUCGCGCUCAGCUUUCUCUGGAACGACCUGGCUACCGACACCGUCGGAACGUACAUACCUCAGACUCAGCUCACCGCCAUGACGGCUGCCGUUGUCGCCAAGUGCGGAGGGCCGGACGGUGUAAUCAACAACCCUCCAGCGUGCCAGUUUGACGUCGAUUCCUUCGCCUGCAACGCUACCAAUCUCAGUCUCAACAACACGGCGUGCCUCACCGAUGCGCAACUGGCCGCAGCUAAGAAGAUCUACGCCGGCCCCACAAACUCAAACACCGGAGCCCAGCUGUAUCCCGGAUUUGCGUUCGGCAGUGAAAGCUCGUGGCUCUUGCAGGAAGGCCUGCUCGCCGAUUCGUUCAGCAUACCCAUUCUGCAAAACCUGGUGUACGACGACCUGGGCUAUGAUGCCAGUACAUUCAACUUCUCGAGCGCUGACGUUGCCGCGGUGAAUGAGAAAGCCGGUACCCUCAUUGACGAAAUCGACCCGGAUAUCCAACAGUUCCACGCCGGGGGUGGGAAGUUGCUUAGCGUUCAAGGAUGGGCGGAUCCGUUGAACUCUCCUUUUUGGCCGAUUGAGCAUCUCCAGCAAGUACAGGCAGCUUUUGGCGGGAAUGUGAGCUCGUGGUUUGAGUUGUUCAUGUCCCCCGGAACCGGCCACUGUGGGAGCAACGACCUUUACCCCGACGCUCCGGGAACCUACGCAACCACUGCAGCGCUGGUGGCAUGGGUGGAGCAAGGGUCUACGCCCGCACAGAUUGAAGCCUCGAUGCCGCCGAGCGGAGCAAACAUCACGCGGAAGCUUUGUCCUUAUCCUCAGAUUGCCGAGUACACCGGUACUGACCCAGAUGAUUGGACUUCGUACACCUGCACAUGAUCAAGAAACGCUCCGAGGCGGUUGCGGUGAUCACUCGGUCAAGGGAGGGCGAAUGAUUUGCCUUGUUUCGAUGCGCAGCAUAGAUGUCCUGAGAUCACGUUUCGCGGAGUAGAAUACGCUGGACUACCACCAUCUCACUCCCCGCCA